AUGGACAUCAACGGAUACGCUCUCGUUACCGGUGCAGGCAGUGGAAUCGGUCGGGCCUGCGCGUUGGCUUUUGCUCUUGAAGGAGCUGCUGGCAUUGUCUUUGCCGACUUGAACCAGGACAGCGCUGAGAAAGCAGCCGAAGAAAGCAAGAAGUUAGCAACAAACGCUGGCUACCAAGCUUUGGUGUUGACCCUCGAUGUGACCAACGAGGAGCAGGUGGAAUCAGUCGUGGCAAAGACGAAGGAGUCCUUUGGAAGAAUCGAUUACAUGGUGAACUCGGCCGGAAUUGGUGUACAAGUUCCAGCGGAGAUUGCAGAAGCAUCUCUUGUGGAGUUUACCCGCUUCCUCGACGUGAAUGUCAAAGGAUCGUUCCUCCUCACCAAGAUCGUUUCUCGCGCAAUGAAAGAGCAAGAGGCAAAGGCUGUCAGCUCUACAAAUCCCAACCGGGGUUCUACUCGUGGUGUUAUUCUCAACAUGGCAUCCUGUUCAUCUUUUGUGGCGACACCUCUGUUGACUCAGUAUACAACAUCCAAACAUGCCGUUCUUGGAUUGACCCGAAAUGCCGCAUUGGAUAACGCGAAGUACAACAUCCGUGUCAACUGCCUGUGUCCGUCAUGGGUCGAUACCCCUAUGGUAGACCGCGCAGUGCAAGGGAAUCCAGACUUGAAAGAGCUGAUUGCAAAGGCCGUUCCAAUGGGAAGAAUCGCGCAUGUGGAUGAGAUAACCGAUUUGAUCAUGUUCCUAUGCAGUUCCAAAGCAAGUUAUGUCACAGGCAGUAGCUGGAUUGUUGAUGGAGGAACUACUCUGACGAGUCAUGUUUGA